CUUCAUCUACUUUCAACCAUUUCUCCUAAAGACCUGUGGCAGGCAGUUCACAAGCACCUUCCCCAACUUUCGGGCUUGACCAGUUUGGUGGCUUCAAAUACAAGACUAAAUCUUGGCCUAUAUAAAACACCACCCACAUCUCUCCAUACAUCAAACCUUUAAUGUAAAAACAUUCUUUCAUCUCUUCCAGCUCUAUAACAUAGCAUAGACUUGAGAAUUAUAACUUGGCUUCUCAGUGGAAAUAUCAACAUUCAUGUUCAGCCUCUACUACUUUAUUACAAUGGAGAAGAUAUCAUCAUCAACUAACGACAAUACAUCCUCACUAUUUCUUUUGCUUGAUGCAAUCUUCUUACGCACAAUUUCUAGUAGCACUCAGAAGUUAUUUUCGAGAUUUCAGUCUACUCUCCAAUCCCAACAAAACUGUGGCAACUCAAAGAUUUUGGAUGUAAAGAACUUGGAUUCUGAGUUGAGGAAGCCGGAGCUGAUCUGCAAAAGGAAAGAUGAUGGAAACUUGAGCAGAGAUGAUGUGAAGAUGGUGAUGGGAAACUUGGGAAUUUUUUCCAGUCCAGAAAGUGAGGAACUACCAGAGUCGUUCAGUUCCAAUGAACUUGCAGGACUGUUUGAUGAGAAGGAGCCAAGCUUGGGGGAAGUAAAGGAAGCUUUUGAUGUGUUUGAUGAGAACAGAGAUGGGUUUAUCGAUGCGAGGGAGUUGCAGAGAGUUCUCUGUAUAUUGGGCUUAAAGGAAGGAUCAAAGCUAGAAGACUGCCAAAAAAUGAUCAGGACAUUCGACGAAAACAGAGAUGGAAGGAUAGAGUUCAAUGAAUUCGUGAAGUUCAUGGAGGCCAGCUUUUGCUGAUUCAUUUUUUUUCUUCUAUCAUGCAUUUCUGUUCUGUCUUUUAAGACGUCUUCUCACAAUUAUUACUAAUGACAAAUAUGAAUGCAUAUCUUAUUCUCUCCUAAAAAUGCACCAAAUACUGGACGCCAAACUACCUUCCCACCCUGUUAGCUUCAGCCAUUUUCUAUCCAGUAGUUUCAACAGACUACUUGGUCUCUCUGUAUGUUUCAUUACAAAUAUAUUUUUUCGUUUGAGGAACGCCCUCAAAUGUAACUACUCAAAAAAUUGCAUUGGAGAUAUUACCCCACUA